AUUUAGCUCAGAACUGUCAGAAGAAGAAGAGGAAGAGGAGGAGGAGGAAGAGGGAAGCGGCGCCACCCAUCUCAUAUGUUGUCUUGUAUUUCCCACGUCCUUAUUACCACAGCGACACCCGGUCCUUUCUUCUUCUCUACCUUCCACGGCCUAUAAUGUUUGAGAAGUCCUCACACUCAUGAUGGAAAGAUUCCGGCCUUUGAUCACGCAGUCCAGUAACUUUGUCGACCCGCUGACUGCCAACCUGUCCAAGGAUGAGGACACCGUGUCUGUAGGAGAGGAACCCACCACCUACUUAACCUCAGGUUCCAGCAGCGAGCGUCUGUGUGUGCGUAAUGAGGACCACUUCAGCGCUAGCCAGCCGUCGCGUGUGCUGGGUGGUGGCCUGCCCUACUGCACCGAGUGGGCCGAGGUGUGCCGUUGCGCCGGGACACCAGUGAUACAAACCCUGGGCCGCAGCGGGGAGAUGAGGGCCAGCAGGUUCAGAUCAGUCUGCUGGAUGAUCUACCUCCAGAUCCUGCCAAAGAACCAUUCUGAGUGGCUGAAGGUGAUCCGGGAGGAGAGGGAGAACUAUGAAACCAUUCGGCUGCAGCUGAUGGUGACGCCCGGCAGCCACAGCGACGAGGCCCUGGACCCCCUGCUGAACAACCCUCUCUCGCAGGACCAGGAGAGUCCGUGGAACCAGUACUUUGAAGACUCGGAGCUGAAGAAGCUGGUCAGACAGGACGUGGUGCGGACCUUCCCCGAGGUGGAGUUUUUCCAGUCCCAGCGCAUCCGAGACCUGAUGGUGACGGUGCUGUUCUGCUACGCCCGCCAGCACCCACAGAUCGGCUACAGGCAGGGAAUGCACGAGGUCUUGGCCCCACUGAUAUUUGUCCUCCACUGUGACCACCAAACCCACCAGCACGCCCAGGAGAUGGACCCUGCCCCGAACGUGCUGCAGGAGCUGAUGGACGAGGCGUACCUUGAACAUGAUGCUUUUGCCUUGUUUGAGGGCGUCAUGAAGGGGCUGGAGUCCUGGUACGUGGUGACGGAGCACCCCAACCACCCCAACCCUCGCUCCACCAUGCUCACCGCCCAGCCCUUCGCACGCCCCCAGGACGUGGGUCCCACCAACCAGCUGGUCCAGAAGCUGACAACCAUCCACGACACCUUGCUGCAGCGGCACGACCCAGCGCUGUACAACCACCUGGCGCGCCUUGAGAUUCCCCCACAGAUCUAUGGCAUCCGCUGGAUCCGCCUCCUGUUUGGGCGAGAGUUUCCGCUGCAGGACCUCCUCAUGGUGUGGGACGCAAUCUUCUCCGACAUCCAUCCUUCCUUCCCCUUGGUGGACUACCUUACCGUGGCUAUGCUGUCCUUCAUCAGGGAGCCUUUGUUGACCGGCGACUACACGACUUGCCUCAAGUUCCUGAUGCGCUACCCAGCUGCCGCCGACGUCCAGUACAUCAUCCAGCUGGCUCUGCACCUCCGAAACCCCAAGCAACACCCCAGGCCGCCCGGGUACUCCAGCUCGGCCCCCCACCACCUGCCUACUGUUGGGGGGCGGCCCGACGUGCACCGCGCCCCCCAGCUUGCGGCAGUCUCGUCUAGCGUUGCCCGGUCGUCCAGUGUCCCGCGCACCCAAGCAGGGAACAUGAGGGCUGACCAAUCCGAGGAAGCCCAAACAUACAAUAGCUCGGUGCGAAGACUCUCCUCGCCUAAUGCCUUCACUGACCCUCUCAAUGCUGCCGUCAUCUUCAGCAACAGUGAGAGCAAGAGCAGCAGUAACCGGAUGAGCCGAGGCGACGCUGGGAAGAGCUUUGACAGUAGCGGUGUGAGUGGUCCGGGUGGCAGCAACAGGGCCAGCAAGGUGGUGUCCGGCCUGGUGAAGCUGGGAGGCAAACUCGGCCGCCCCAAGGAGUUGCCUGUUUCCCGCCACCUGUCCAUCCAGUCACCCCCAACGCCACCUUCCACCACAGCAUUGUUCACAGCAGCAGCCCAGGCCCAGAGUGAGCAGUGUGUGGCCUCAUCCUCCGUCAUGAAGGAGUUGUCUGUGGUGAGAAGCAGGUCAGUGCCGGAGGGGGAGAGUGAGAGAGCGCCUGCCGACCAGUCCUUCACGGCACAGUCCUCAGAAGACAGCGAAGAAGAAAGUUCAGAAAAGAAGCCUUCAACGGACCAAGAAUGGAGUCUGAGUGUGGAAGACUUGUCAGCCGUGUGUCUUGGGUGUGCCAUGAACCUGUCCCACCACACGGCCUCCAUCAGGACCAGGCUGGAGCAACUUGGACAGCCAGACCUCACCUUACGCACUGCCCUGGACGGCAUCUCAGAGGUCAUAGAAACACUGUCCAAUGUCCGAAGCCAAGGGAUGAAGAGCUCCUGUACCAGCAGCAGCGCCUCCAAUGGACAGAGCGAGGGGGUGCCCGUCCCCGUGCCGCCCCGACCCAGGCCCAUCCCCCACCACCCCCACCUGCCCACCUCCUGAGCCGCAGUGCAUGUUGGUAGUCAUCAGUAAUCGCCGUUAUGUUCCCAGUAUGUGUGUGAGAUAGGGACCAGAAAUACUGAGGGGAAUUUUUCGAGAGCUCGUUGAAGAUUUUUGGCAUUUUUAGCAUCACUCUGGGUGUCUUUUACUCUCGUCUUCUCCCACUAGUCUUGUUUUACUUUUUCAUCCAUAGCGUCAUUUUUAGCUCCACUCUGGGUGUGUAUUUUCAUCUACUCUGCUCCCGCCAAUCCUGUUCUUCUUUUUCUUUCAUAGCGUCAUUUUUAGCUGCACUCUGGGUAUGUAUUUUCAUCUACUCUGCUCCCACCGAUCCUGUUUUUCUUUUUCUUUCAUAGCGUCAUUUAUAGCAUCACACAGGGUAUUUUCCUUUUCUUUACUCCCACUAGCCUUGUUUUUCCUCCAUUGUAUCAUUCUGGGUAUCCAUUUUCCCCUCGUCUGCCCACACCAGUCUGUUUUUUCUUCCACUCACAGAAGAAGUUUUGGUGCUCUCUUCCUUAUCGUAGGUUUAGAAUCUCCUUUUACGGCACCUUUUGUUCAGUUCUGACCUCAGUUAUGUGGUUAAAAAGUAGGAUUGUUGUCUCCUCUCAUCUUCAUAUAUCAGUCAGUAUUUUCCUUCCACUGAUAAAACAAAACAGCCCUGAUGGUCUUCUCUGGUAAAUUGGCUCAGAAUCUCCACUUUUUUAUCUUAACAGUUAUGGAGUUCUGAUGUCAGUUUUGAGAAGAGAAAUCCAGUUAUUCUCUCACCUUCACAUAUCAGUUAGUAUUUUCCUUCCAGUGACAGAAACAAAGCAGUCUUGAUGAUCUUCUCUGGUCAAUUGGCUCAGAAUCUCUCAUUAGUCAUUAAGUACUAUCAGCCCUUGGAGUUAUGAUUUCAACCUUGACAAGAACUAAAAAUACAAAAAGUUCUCAUCUCCUCUUCACACACAAGCCCAUGUUUUCUUCCCCAUCUAGAGACAGUUGUGGUGAUUUUAUCCUGAAAAUGGGUUUAGAAUCUCUUGAUCUUUCAUCUCAGGUAUUGAACUCCCAACCUUUGAUAUCUGAUUUUGACAUCAAGAACAAAAAACAUUGCCUGUUGUAAGGUUGAGUGUUGGAGGUGUACAUAGUCUUUGUAGGUGGCCACAAGAUUCUAGUUUGAGGGAGGAGAUCAGUGCAGAGAUUUCAAGAGAUUUUCCCUAAAUUUCCAGUUAGCAGGUAGAGUUUCAGAUACAUACAGUGAUUGGAGAAUGGAGGAAAGUCUCUCUCACAACAUCAGGUGUCUAGUUGGUCACAGGAUUAUAGUUUGGGAAAAGAAAUCAGCCCAGAGCUUUCAAGAGAUAUUCCCUAAAUUUCCAGGCAGUAGAUAUUCAGAUACACAAAUUGAUUGGGUAACGGAGGAAAGUCUUUCUCCCAAAAUCAGUUAUCUAGUUGGUUACACGAUUAUAAUUUGAGGGAAGAAAUCCAGAGUCCAAAGAUUUCAAGAGAUCUUCCCUAUAUAUUCAGACAGUAGAUAGAGAUUCCAAUACACAAGUUGAUUAGAGAAUGAAGGAUAGUCUUUCUCCCAACAUCGGGGAAGAAAUCAGUCAAGAGGUUUCAAGAGAUGUUCCCUAAAUUUCCAGAUAGUAGACAGAGAUUCAGACACACAAGGUGACUGGAGAAUGAAGGAUAGUCUUUCUCCCAACAUAAGGGGAAGUAAUUACUGAUCAGUCUAGGGGUUUCAAGAGAUGUUCCCUAAAUUUCCAGAUAGUAGACAGAGAUUCAGAUACACAAGGUGAGUGGAGAAUGAAGGAUAGUCUUUCUCCCAACAUCAGGG